AUGCUCAUGGCGGGCGCUGUCCCCACCACCAUUGCCGACAAGGCGCCUGCAUUCGAAGUCCCCACCUUCGACUACGCCACCCUCUCCACCGCCAACACGCCCAACGACGUCCUCGACGCGCUCAAGAAGGACGGCAUCAUCAGCUUCACCAACGUGCCUUCCUACGCACAGGUGCGCCGCGCGUACCUCGACUCGGCCGCCAACUGCGCCGUGUCCGCGCAGGAGGCCAACGCCGAGUUCCUGCUGCACAAGACGCUCUCCGACGGCACGAACCGCUACACGAUCAGCACGCCGUCGGGCCAGGAAGCCAACCCGAACGCCACCACCACGCACGCCGCGUGUCCGGGCUACUCGGCCGUCUACAACGAGUUCUCGUCGCUGCUGGAGCUGGUGGUGCUCAACGUGGCCACGACGCUCGACGCCACGAGCUUCACGACCAAGGACGGCUACGGCCAGGCCGUCUCGAGCCGCAAGCUCAUGACGGACGCCGUGCGCCUCGACCACUUCCACGCCUACGAGGCGCCUUCCGUCCACGAGCGCAGACUCGCCUCGGCCGCCAAUGCCACGACCAACAGCAGCAGCCAAGACGACCUGACCCUCGAGCUGCACGAGGACGACGGCAUGUUCAUCGUGUUCGCCACGCCCGCCUUCUACAAGGUCAGCAGCGACGGCUCCAAGAGCACGCUCGAGUCGGUGUCGGCCGGCGGCCAGGAUGACUCGGAGUCGGGUCUCAUCAUCCAGCGGCGCGACGGCCAGCGCGUGCGGCCCGUGCUCAAGCCCGACCAGGUGACACUCAUGGUGGGCACGGGCUACAACCGGUGGGUGGCCACGUCGGAGCAGCUCCCGGCCGUGAUGCACGGCGUGCGCAUGCCCGAGGUGGAGACGGCGGAGACGCAGCGCCUGCUGCGCGCGUGGUUCGGCAAGAUGACGCUGCUGCCGUCGUACCAGCGCAUGCUCAAGCAGAUGGACUUCGACGUGCACGCGAACACGACGGCGCAGUACGUGCAGCAAGGCUACCAGUCGGACCACCAGUUGCUGGGCUGCGCUCCGGGCCGUCACUUGCUGGCGUCUGCCGACUGUCACUUCAAGGAGUGCACCGCGAGGCCAGGCAAAGAGAAAGCUGCCGAGCCUGGAUGCCACCUCAUCUGCAACAGCGAGGACUUCUCGGAUGGCUAUUGCAACGAGCGCUGCAACUGCACCGUGAGUACCCACAGCGCGACCACGUGCUGGAUGCUCUGCGUGAAGAACUUGGACUCUUGCCCCGAGAGCAAACAGACGUGCUCGGGCAUCGAGCGGGUGUGCUCAAAGAAGCUCUAG